AUUCCAAGAUUAAUAAAGCGUGACUACAAACAGUCGGUUUUGCCCAUUACACCACGCAGAUUGAGCAUAUGGAAUAAUAAACAGAAACAAUGGGAAGAAUCUGCUACGUUUAUUCAGAAGUUGGUUAAAAACAGAGCGAUACAAUGUUUGAUGUACGAAGGAUGCGAUAGAUACAGAGAAUUGAUCGAAGAAUUACAUUCGACUCAAACGCUCAAAAAGCAGGAUGAACAGAAGCACCGCGAAAAAAUAUGUAUGAUCGAGUUACAACUACAAAACGAUCAGUCGACACAGGAAGAUCGUUUAUGUGAGAUUCUCAAUUCUUUGGAAGGAAAAACAAUCUGUGGAACAUUAGAUUUUCUUAACAAAGAACUGGUGAGAUUAGAGGACGAACGUAGAGCUCAUGCUUUUGCUUUACUUGCCGAAAGAGAAAGAUGUAUGAGGGAAGCUGCUGAAGCUGGUAGGCGCCAAUUGGAACGUAAUCGACGACGAGAGUUUGACGAAAUGUUUAAACAAAUUGUAAAAAUAAAUCAGGAUUCGAUAGAAGCUUACUUGGAAGACAUUAUAAGGGAAGGCAUUGAUUGGAUAUCCGAUAAAACAGCUAAAGAACAAGUCUUACAGCUUAACGAUAAAAUGGAUGACAUAUCAAAACAUGCCUUAGAAAAACAAGAUUGUGUGGAUAAGUUGGCAGAAGAGGAAUUGGUAAUGGAUAUGAUAUAUAAUUUUGUUUUACCUGAAGUGGAAAAACAUAACGUAAGAGGAAAAAUUCGAGAUCGACAACAAAAUUAUAUGCGAAAUGCA